GUCCAACUAUGAUGUAAAUACUUGUUUGAUUGAUCGGAUUGAAGGUGUAGUUUUAAUGCUGUCGCGUGGUAGAGGUAGCGGCCGCGGCGGUGGCUUGAGUGCCAAGCGCGGUGGAAGGGGAGGCAGAGGCGGCUCUGGCGGUUAUCAAGGUUACAGCGGACCGCCUGCUGAGGUUAUAGAGGCUGGAACCGUGAUUCAUGACUGCGAGGAGCAACUGUUGAUCAAAAGCAAGCUAUCAACUUGCGUACCAUAUUUUAAUGGUCGCAUCUUUUUGGCCAACAAGCAGGAAAUUGGCAAGGUUGAUGAGAUUCUAGGUCCGAUAAACGAAUACUUUUUUUCUGUAUCGCUGCUUGACGGUUUUAAGGCCAAGUCUUUUGCUAAGGAUUCUAUGGUGUACAUUGAUCCUCAGCAAACUUUACCGGUAUCAAGAUUCACCUCUAAAACUCCAUCAUCCCUCUUGGGGCAUAAGAAGCGUUCUGUCAUAAAAGACAAAUCCUUUAAACGUCCAGGUAUCGGUCGCGGUGGACGUGGCGGUUCAUUUGGUUUGGGCAGGGGUAAUUCUAUGUCCUUUAGGGGUACUAUGUCCCGUGGCAGGGGUAGCGGCUUCCGUGGUCGUGGCCAUUAAAACGCUGGCAACAUAUCGCUAUUUAAU